AUGCGAAUGCUGGCACCUGAUUUAUUAAAUCGCGCUACAGUUGCAACAAAAACGGGUUCUUCUGGAAUGGCCUUCACUUUUGCUGCUUUUGCUUAUCUCAUCGCACUAAUUGCCGUGGCGUUUUGUAUCUUCUUCGCCAUAUAUACGGUGAUCUGUAUUGAUGAGUUGAAAACGGACUACAAAAAUCCGAUAGAGCAAUGUAGAAACUUGAACCAGCUCAUUUUGCCCGAAUAUGCCAUUCACAUAAUCUAUACAUGUCUGUUCAUACUCAGCUGGCAAAUGUUUGGCAUACUGAUGAAUCUUCCCUUAGCAUUCUACAAACCACUAAGUGCUGCUGUUAUUUUUAUUCUGUAUAUGCGUCGUCCGGUGAUGUCUGGUCCAGGAAUUUAUGAUCCUACGACGAUUUUGCAUAGCAGCCACUUGAGCGCUGCACUUCGUGCGAGCUGGGCUAAGCUAGCGUUCUACCUCCUAUCCUUCUUCUAUUACUUAUACGCCCUCAUCUACACCCUGGUGACAUCAAGCAGUUAA